AUGACGGUUUCACGAGAGGCAGUGGUUGCCAACAUUGAUGAACGGUGUCAGAGGCUCAAGUCGGACAGCGUUGAUCUCCUUCAAUUGCAUUGGCAACAUUAUGAGUACAGCUCAUAUAUCCAGGCCUUGAAGUACAUUCAAGAGGACAUUCGCGUUAAGAAUUUGGGACUGUGCAACUUCGAUACAGAGCAUAUGCAAAAGGUCAUUGACAGCGGAGUCAAGGUAUAUACUAACCAAGUUCAGUUUUCCCUUAUCGAUUCCCGGCCAACUGUUCGCAUGGCGGAACUUUGUGAGCGACACGAUGUAAAGCUGCUGACAUAUGGAACUUUGUGUGGAGGUCUUGUGGCGGAGAGAUGGAUUGGAAAGGACGCACCUGAUCUUUAUGGCGAGACAGUCACACCCAGCCAAGGAAGGUAA